AGUUGUUAUAUAGAUCAGUGAGCUGCGCAUGCGCACUGGGUGCGCAGAAACCACUUCAAUGAACACAAAGAUUGGGGAAGAAAAAAAAAAUCGGAAAAAGAAGAAAAUUAGCACUUAUCCAAUGUGCAGCAGACUCUAUUGCUAUUUUCCCACUUAUUAGAACAUUCUUGUAGGGAUUGGUGAGGGUUUUACUUGAGAUAAGUCCUUGCAUGCCUUUUCACGUGAAAGAGCCUUUAAAAGGAGUUCAGUCUUAGAAACCUCUUUCACUUUUAGGAGCAAGAAUAAACGUAGAAGAAUUAGUUGUAGUGUCCGACAAUUAUAGUGGGCACUAAAAAAUGGCAGCAUACACAUUACCGGAGGGUUUCUCCGAUUUUGACAUGUUUGCAUUCGGUUCAGCGCUUCUUGUUGGGGGUCUUCUUGGAUUCUUCCUCAACGCCAUUUCAAUAUUGGCCUAUAUUAGCGUAAAGCAAAUGCGAACUCCCAGUAAUUUUCUUGUGUUUAACCUUGCUGUGGCUGACAUUAUGCUCAAUAUAACUGGCCUGAUCGCUGCAUACGCCAGCUUAACUUAUAGACACUGGCCCUGGGGCCAAGAUGGAUGUAGCAACCAUGCCUUCAUGGGGAUGACAGCAGUCCUGGCCUCUAUCAGCUUCCUGGCUACCAUCGCCUGGGACAGAUAUCACCAAUAUGUCACCAAUCAGAAGCUGUUUUGGAGCACGGCCUGGACUUUUUCUAUCGUUAUCUGGGGGAUGGCCAUCUUCUGGGCGGCCGUCCCUCUGGCUGGUUGGGGAGUUUAUGACUUUGAGCCCAUGAGGACCUGCUGCACUCUAGACUACACCAAAGGAGACAAGGACUACAUGACCUAUAUGGGGGCACUGACUGUCUUCUACCUUAUCUUCCCUGCUUAUGUCAUGAAGUCCAACUACGACGCCAUUCACGCAUACUUCAAGAAGAUCCACAAGCACAGGUGGAACACCAGUGUACCACUGAGGGUUCUGUUGUUCUGCUGGGGACCCUACGAAAUCAUGUGUAUCUACGCCUGCUUUGACAAUGCCAAACUGGUCUCUCCAAAGCUGAGAAUGUUGCUUCCUGUUUUGGCGAAAAUGAACCCCAUUUUCAACGCGUGGCUCUAUUCCUUUGGGAAUGAGUUCUACAGAGGAGGGGUGUGGCAGUUCCUGACUAGCCAGAAGUUUACUGAGCCGGUCGUUGUGAAGUUAAAAGGAAGAUAAAGGAAGUUUUCGUCUAUGCCCAUUCUAUUCUAAUUCUAUGGUUACACUACUGUACAGGCCAUAGAAUUAGAAUGGUCCAUUCUAUUCUAAUUCUAUGGUUA